CGUAGACUGAAACGAGUUUGUAACGUCAUGUUGCCGCUAAAGCCACACAUCGUCGCGCUCCUGGAGUGAGUUUGCUCCAGAAUGAGACGCCUGCUGUUGAGCGGUGUCAUUAAUGCACCUAAAACCAUUCGGGCAAUCCGGUCGGCUGCGUCUCCGUUCAGAUUUAAAAGCCGGGCAUUUAUACUGUCUGCCUCCUGUUUGCAGGGGGACACCGUUUGCAAUGGGACACCCUGCAAAAAGGCGUCGCUCUCGGACUCUCAGCUGUUUGACGCCAAGUUCGAGGAGCUGGUGACAGAGCUGACCGAGAGGGACCUCCAGGAUCCUGCGCUGGCGGACGCCUUGAAAAGGUUGAGAGAGGUUUUGGAUUACAAUGUUCCUGGAGGCAAAAAGAACAGAGGUUUGUCUGUGAUUGGCUCCCUGAGGGAGCUUCUUCCGCCGUCCCAGCUCAGUCAGGAUGCUGUGCAGAAAGCUCUGACGGUCGGCUGGUGCAUAGAGAUGCUUCAAGCAUUUUUCCUCAUGGCGGAUGACAUCAUGGAUGCAUCUGUGACCCGGCGAGGUCAACCCUGCUGGUACAAGAGGAAUGGAAUAGGCCUGGAUGCAAUAAAUGACUCCUUUCUUGUGGAGGCAUCAAUAUAUAGACUCCUUCGAAGGCAAUGCAGGGGUGAGCCGUAUUACGUCCAUUUACUGGAGCUUUUUAAUGAGUCCACCUUCCAGACUGAACUUGGUCAGGCCCUGGACCUCAUGACGGCUCCACCUGGUCACAUUGACCUGAACAGGUUUACCAUGGAAAGGUAUAAAGCAAUUGUGAAAUACAAGACUGCCUUUUAUUCGUUUUAUCUCCCAGUGGCCUCUGCAAUGUACAUGGCAGGGAUUGACAGCGAAGAGGAACACAAUAAUGCCAAGCAGAUCUUACUGGAGAUGGGAGAGUUUUUCCAAAUACAGGAUGACUACUUGGAUUGUUAUGGCGACCCAGCUGUGACUGGAAAGAUUGGGACAGACAUCCAGGACAACAAAUGCAGCUGGCUGGUGGUGAAAGCCCUAGAAGUGAUGACUCCUGAGCAGAGAUCAGUUCUGGAGGCUUGCUACGGGCGCAAGGAUGAAGCCAGCGUGGCGAAGGUCAAAGAGGUGUACAACGCCCUACUAAUGCCGAAACUGUAUCACACAUAUGAGGAGGAGAGCUACCAGCGGCUGCAGAAACUCAUCGCUCGGCACGCUCCAAACCUUCCUCACUCAAUCUUCCUCAACUUCGCCAAGAAGAUUUACAAGCGGAACAAGUGAGGGAUGGAAGAUCACAGGAAAGAACUGGAACUAGGAUAUUAAAAUCACAAGGGAGAAGUUUCAAACCAAUCUGAGUUGAACAUAAGUAUUUAAGUAGCUUUUCAGUAAGUUAUGAAUGUCAGAGAACAGGAUUAAAAGGCAGAGAAAAGGGUAUAUUUAUCCCAGCAAAGUCCCAACGCAGGUAUCGUUUAUAUUUUGUCAAUAAUGUCAAAGAAAGAGUUGUACUUUAUUUGGGCUUGGGAAGGAUAUGUCUCCUGGGAGAUUAUUUCCUAAAACCUUUUUAUAAUGUUUUUAUAAAAUACCCAACUGUUUCAAUCUAAUUGCGCCUAAUAAAUUAUGUAUUAUCUGUC